AUGUGGCGGAGGAGCUUCAGCAGCACCGCCGCGGCUACUCUCAAAGGCAAGAAAUGGGACGCGCUGAUAAUCGGCGGCGGCCACAACGGCCUCACAGCAGCGGCAUACCUGGCUCGUGGAGGCCUGUCGGUAGCGGUCCUGGAGCGCCGCCAUGUGAUCGGAGGCGCCGCCGUGACGGAGGAGCUUGUUCCGGGGUUCAAGUUUUCGAGGUGCAGUUACCUCCAAAGCCUUCUCCGACCGUCCGUUAUAAAGGAGCUGGAGUUGGGAAAGCACGGCUUGAAGCUUCUGAAGCGCAACCCGUCGUCUUUCACGCCCUGCCUCGACGGACGCUACCUUCUCUUAGGGCCCGACAGGCAUCUCAACCACUCUGAGAUAUCCAAAUUCUCCGUUGCAGAUGCUAAGGCCUAUCCAAGGUCGCUGCUUUCUUCCCAUAUUGCAUCGGAAUCAAAUGGCUCUUUGGAUUUGGAAUCCGCCGUUAUCGAUGUGAAAUUCAAUUCCGAUUUUGGAACAAAACCAAAGUCAAUCAGAACUGAAGUUGACUUAAGAGAGUGGAAUAAUGCAGCAGAGUGGAAAUCACUCUUUAAAGCUGUCACGUCUUUACUUGGUCACGUAGUCUCUGAGGUAGGAAGAUAUGAGAGUCAGCUUGAGAACUUCUGUAAGUUCAUGGAUCUAGUGCUGGAUUCGCCUCCACCUGAAUCUGUGCAGCAUAAAUCGUCUAUUAAUGAAAAGUUGAAGAACAAAAUACAGAACUCAGUAUUUUGGGCUAGUUGUCUGCGGCAUGUGUCUUCCAUGGGGCAAAAGGAUAUGGUGGACUUUAUGGACCUUCUGUUGUCCCCAGCUUCUAAAGUUUUGAAUAACUGGUUUGAGGCAGAUGUUCUGAAGGCAACCCUGGCAACCGAUGCUGUCAUUGGCAGUACAGCCAGUGUCCACACCCCAGGAAGUGGCUAUGUUCUGCUACAUCAUGUGAUGGGAGAAACUGACGGGGAUCGUGGAAUUUGGUCAUAUGUUGAAGGUGGAAUGGGCUCAAUAUCCAAGGCUAUUGGUAAUGCUGCUACUGAAGCUGGAGCGCAUAUUGUAACCAGUGCUGAGGUGUCUCGGUUGUUGAUUGAAAAUUCUAGCACUGUCUGUGGGGUUACUCUGGCUGAUGGUACUGAAGUGCAUUCAUCAAUUGUUUUGUCUAAUGCAACACCAUAUAAAACAUUCAUGGAAUUAGUGCCCAACGAUGUCCUCCCUGAUGAUUUUGUUCGUGCCAUUAAGCACUCUGACUACAGUUCUGCUACUACAAAAAUAAAUGUAGCAGUUGAUAAAUUGCCCGAAUUUCAUUGUUGCAAGUUAGAUCAUCCCCAUGCUGGGCCACAGCAUGUCGGCACUAUUCAUAUAGGUUCAGAAAGCAUGGAGGAGAUUCACUCUGCUUGUCUAGAUGCAGCAAAUGGAGUACCAUCGAGAAGACCAGUUAUUGAGAUGACAAUUCCCUCCAUACUUGAUAGAACUAUUUCUCCACCUGGUAAGCAUGUGAUCAACCUGUUUGUUCAGUAUACACCCUACAAACCAUUGAAUGGUGACUGGAAAGAUAAUGACUACAGAGAAUCGUUUGCACAAAAAUGCUUCACGUUGAUUGAUGAAUAUGCUCCUGGCUUCAGCGCAUCAAUCAUUGGUUAUGACAUGUUGACUCCACCAGAUCUUGAACGGGAAAUCGGUUUGACAGGAGGGAAUAUAUUCCAUGGGGCAAUGGGGUUGGAUUCCCUUUUCCUCAUGCGACCUGCAAAGGGGUGGUCAAACUACAAGACUCCGCUUCAAGGGUUAUACUUGUGCGGAAGUGGAGCACAUCCUGGUGGUGGGGUUAUGGGAGCACCUGGACGUAACGCUGCUCGAUUAGUUCUUCAAGAUGUUGGAGAAAGAACUUAA